AUGAAAGCAGCGCGAUUUUACGCAGCCGGAGACAUCCGCAUCGAAGAGGUCGAAACCCCCAAAGGAUCAGAUGAAAAAGCCCUAGUCCAAGUCGAGUGGUGCGGUAUAUGUGGAAGUGAUAUCAACGAAUAUGUUCAAGGCCCUAUGUCGAUACCCCACACACGCACCGGACCACACCCCCUCACUGGCGAUAUUCUCCCAGUAACGCUUGGCCAUGAGCUCUCUGGACGCAUUAUUCAAGCGCCAUCGACAUCGUCACUUUCCCCGGGACAGGCAGUCAUCGUCGACCCUCGAUACUAUUGUUCAUCCUGCACGGCAUGUACUUCAUCCGUCACGAACUGCUGCCAGUCCCUAGGCUUCCUAGGCCUCUCCGGAGGAGGGGGUGGCUUCUCUGAGAAAGUUGCCGUGCCACCGGCUAUGCUUCAUCAGAUCCCUGACAAUAUUGACAUGGCCACAGCUACCCUUAUUGAGCCCCUCGCUGUGGCCUGGCAUGCCGUUCGAUGCUCCGGUGUCAAGGGCUUCAAGGGUCUACCUAUUCUGGUUAUAGGUGGUGGCCCGGUAGGUGUAGCCACGGUUUUUGUGUUAAGGGCAUGGGGCGCAGAUCAGAUCUACGUCUCUGAAACAGCCCGUCGUCGCAGGGAGUUCCUCCAAGAUCUAGUGCAGGCUACUUUUGAUCCGAUCGAGGUCAAUGUGGGUUCGGAGUGUAGGAGUCUCUCGAAUGGAAGUGGUAUAGGGUUGGUGUUUGAUUGUGCUGGAUCCCAGAAAGGGCUAGAAGCUGCGUGUGAUAGCCUGAGGUUUCAUGGUUUAUAUGUAAAUCUGGCGGUGCCGAAAUCUGCAAUCUCAUUGCCAGCUAUGUAUUUUAUGCGGAAGGAAUUGACAUAUAAGUCUUUCCUGGCUUAUGAUGACGCUGACUUUAAAGCUACUGUGGCUGCAUUUACGGAAGGAAGAUUUGCCGGUGUGGAGCGCAUGAUAACGCGGCGUAUUGCGUUGGAAGAACUCGUGGAGAAGGGCUUCAAAACGCUCCUUCAGAACCCAGAUGAGCAUAUAAAAAUUGUGGCGACGGCAGGGGAACUGCCAUCGAGAGAUUCGACACUUUAA